AUUCCAGAACGUAUCAUCACACAGUGUUGUCUUCGUUGGAUGAGUCAGUUGUUGCCGUCAGGUGUUGCGUAGCUCGUAGCUUGAAAAAACAGCAGGAAGGCAUUGAAGUCCAAAUCGAAGUGAACAACGAACAAACUUUGACGUCUCUGGAAGCCCAGCGAUGAGUCUGAACACUUGUCACGCCGGAUCUGGCGUCGUGCUCUACUCCGGAGAAUUCAUUCUCCUCUACUGCGAUGGAGUGACGCUGUCCUUCGACUGCGCCGAACCGAGGAUGAAAGGUGACAGGAAAGGCCGGAUCUAUCUGACGACCCACCGGAUGAUCUUCAGGUCCAACAAUGAUUCAAAAGGUCUGGUGUCGUUCUCGUUCCCUUUCUACACUCUUCAUAACUUGGGUCUCGAGCAGCCCGUUUUUGGAGCCAACUACAUCAAGGGAACUGUGAAAGCCGAACCCAACGGAGGAUGGACCGGGAGUGCGUCCUUCAGAAUGACUUUCAAAAACGGAGGUGCCACGGAGUAUGGUCAAGCCCUUAUGGCUGCUGGUCAAGCCGCUUCGAGGUAUAUGGGUCAACAACCGCCUCCACCUUACACCGCUCCGACGGCCGCAUAUGUGAACGCUCAGAACUACAUGGCGCCGGCUGGCUCCGCACCCUACGGAUUCCACGUGCCUACGAACGUCUUUCCUGAGCGACCUCCCGCGAACCAGGUAUACAUGUACGAACAGCCUCCGCCGUAUCCCGGAGUUAUGGGUGUGGGAUACAUGGCGCCCAACGGUACUGCGUAUGCCACCGCACCGCCUCCCGUCCAGAACCCACAGUAUGCUCAGCAGUACCCGCAGUACCCGCAGCAAGUCCCGCAGUACCCCCAGCAGUAUUCGCAGCCGAUGCCUCCAACCAACCAAACGUCUCAGCCCGCUUACCCUGGAGCUGCCUACGGAGAUUUCAACAUGGGCCCCCCGCCGGCGUACGCGCCAGCUGAAAGCAAGAAGAUGAACUGAGCUCGGACUCUACUCUCCUCGUUAUCGCUACACGCACCCCGAUCGGGAUGUUUUUGUUUUAGCCGUAGAUAUUUUCGACGGGACAGUAUUAGUGGGGGGAGGAUAUAUAUCGUCCUGAGUAAGGACAACCCGCGACGGUUCGGACGACGACGGGUGACGUCCCGCGUCUCGGAGCACAGAGUGAGCUUUCUUUGUGCUCGGCAUCUCCAACGCCCUGCAGAGCUUUAAAGCGUCGGUACCACCAUCAUUAUCAUUACACAUCGUACCAUCCCUCGGAGCAACGAAAAUAUAUUUUACCGGGAAGUCACUUAUUGUUAGCGUGUGUCCCGCGAGACAUUUCCCGUACACUGGUUCCGUUGUACACGCUCGUAAGGGGAGCUCCAGGGUUUCCCACGACGUGACCCCAAGAGCUCUUGAAGGAGUUUCCGAACCCUAGUUCACUCCCAAUCCAAAGUUCUUGAACCUUUGCGCAUAAUAAAGCAAGCGAUCAAAGCUUAUGAAC